GUCUUCCACCCAACCGCACCCCCGCCCACCAGCAAUCCUUUGGGCUCUGGGCAACAGCCAGGUUAAGCCCAUUUGCACUGAGAAAUUGGCGCUGUUUGGGAGAAGAGGAAACAGAUCGAUUGCCCUUGUGACUCCCCGCCCCGCCACCCCGGCCCAGCCCGCCCCCCGCGUUCCUCGGCCCUCCCCCGCCGCCUCCCGCACCCCGCCUCCUCCCCUCCCCGCCCCCAAGCCUCUCACUCGACGCAGGCCGGUGCGAGGCCCCCUCCGGAAGGUGAGCGGGAUGGAUUGGACUUCGGCGGGGAACGCGGGUGUCUCGAAGUGGUGCUAAUGGAAAGAGAUUUCUGCUCCCCAAAGAAGAUGCGCUGCCACAAAGAGCGGCUUGCGCGCCGGCCUGGGCUCUAGCCCGGGAGACAUCCCGGGAGAACUCCGAGCUCGGAGCGCUCGGCGAAGACCCGGGCAACAUGCCUGUUCGCAGGGGGCAUGUGGCACCGCAAAACACCUUCCUGGGGACCAUCAUACGGAAAUUUGAAGGGCAGAAUAAAAAAUUUAUCAUUGCAAAUGCCAGAGUACAGAACUGUGCCAUCAUCUACUGCAAUGAUGGCUUCUGUGAGAUGACAGGUUUCUCCAGGCCAGAUGUCAUGCAGAAGCCAUGCACCUGCGACUUUCUCCAUGGGCCUGAGACCAAGAGGCAUGAUAUUGCCCAGAUUGCCCAGGCGCUGUUGGGGUCAGAGGAGAGGAAAGUGGAGGUCACCUACUAUCACAAGAAUGGUUCCACUUUUAUUUGUAACACUCACAUAAUCCCAGUAAAGAACCAAGAGGGUGUGGCUAUGAUGUUCAUCAUUAACUUUGAGUAUGUGACAGAUGAAGACAAUGCUGCCUCCCCAGAGAGAGUCAACCCAAUAUUGCCAGUCAAAUCUGUAAAUCGGAAACUUUUUGGGUUCAAAUUUCCUGGUCUGAGAGUUCUAACAUACAGAAAGCAGUCCUUGCCGCAGGAAGACCCGGACGUGGUAGUCAUUGAUUCUUCUAAGCACAGCGAUGACUCUGUGGCUAUGAAGCACUUUAAGUCUCCCACGAAAGAAAGCUGCAGUCCCUCUGAAGCAGAUGAUACGAAGGCCUUGAUACAGCCUAGCCAGUGUUCUCCCUUAGUGAACAUAUCAGGACCUCUGGACCAUUCCUCUCCCAAAAGGCAAUGGGACCGCCUCUACCCUGACAUGCUGCAGUCAAGUUCCCAACUAACACACUCCAGGUCAAGGGAGAGCCUCUGUAGCAUACGGAGAGCAUCUUCAGUUCAUGAUAUAGAAGGGUUCAAUGUCCACCCCAAGAACAUAUUUAGAGAUCGACAUGCCAGUGAAGACAAUGGUCGAAAUGUCAAAGUUUCACGUUCCUGGAUGGCAGGGGGACCUUUCAAUCAUAUCAAGUCAAGCCUGUUGGGAUCCACAUCAGAUUCAAACCUCAACAAAUACAGCACCAUUAACAAGAUCCCGCAACUCACUCUGAACUUUUCAGAUGUCAAAACUGAGAAAAAGAAUACUUCCCCGCCUUCUUCAGACAAAACUAUUAUUGCACCCAAGGUUAAAGAGAGGACACACAACGUGACAGAGAAGGUAACUCAGGUUCUUUCUUUGGGAGCAGAUGUCUUGCCAGAAUAUAAGCUGCAGACGCCACGCAUCAACAAAUUUACAAUAUUGCACUACAGCCCUUUCAAAGCAGUGUGGGAUUGGCUCAUUUUACUCCUGGUCAUUUAUACUGCUAUAUUCACCCCCUACUCUGCAGCCUUUCUCCUCAACGACAGAGAGGAGCAGAAAAGACGAGAAUGUGGCUAUUCUUGUAGCCCUUUGAAUGUGGUAGACUUGAUUGUGGAUAUUAUGUUUAUUAUAGACAUCCUAAUAAACUUCAGAACAACCUAUGUAAAUCAGAACGAAGAAGUGGUAAGUGAUCCUGCCAAAAUAGCAGUACACUACUUCAAAGGCUGGUUCCUGAUUGACAUGGUCGCAGCCAUCCCUUUUGACUUGCUGAUUUUCGGAUCAGGCUCUGAUGAGACAACAACACUAAUUGGUCUUUUGAAGACUGCACGUCUCCUGCGUCUUGUGCGUGUAGCCAGGAAACUGGACCGAUACUCAGAAUAUGGUGCCGCUGUUCUAAUGCUCUUGAUGUGCAUAUUUGCCCUGAUUGCCCACUGGCUGGCUUGCAUCUGGUAUGCGAUUGGGAAUGUAGAGAGGCCCUAUCUGACUGACAAAAUUGGAUGGUUGGAUUCCUUAGGAACACAAAUUGGGAAACGUUACAAUGACAGUGACUCGAGUUCUGGACCGUCCAUUAAAGACAAAUACGUCACGGCACUUUACUUUACCUUCAGCAGUCUAACCAGUGUAGGAUUUGGAAAUGUGUCUCCUAACACCAAUUCGGAGAAAAUCUUUUCCAUUUGUGUCAUGUUGAUUGGCUCUCUAAUGUAUGCGAGCAUUUUUGGGAAUGUUUCUGCAAUUAUUCAAAGACUGUACUCGGGAACUGCCAGGUACCACAUGCAGAUGCUGAGAGUGAAAGAGUUCAUUCGCUUCCACCAAAUCCCCAACCCUCUGAGGCAACGGCUUGAGGAGUAUUUCCAGCACGCAUGGACGUACACUAACGGCAUUGACAUGAACAUGGUCUUAAAGGGAUUUCCGGAAUGUUUACAAGCUGACAUUUGCCUGCAUCUAAACCAGACUUUGCUCCAAAACUGCAAAGCCUUUCGAGGAGCAAGUAAAGGUUGCCUCAGAGCUCUGGCAAUGAAGUUCAAAACCACCCAUGCCCCUCCAGGAGACACCCUGGUUCACUGUGGGGACGUCCUAACUGCACUGUACUUCUUAUCCAGAGGCUCCAUUGAAAUCCUCAAGGAUGACAUAGUGGUAGCUAUUCUAGGAAAAAAUGAUAUCUUUGGAGAAAUGGUUCAUCUUUACGCCAAGCCUGGCAAAUCUAAUGCAGAUGUGAGAGCGCUCACGUAUUGUGACCUGCAUAAGAUUCAGCGAGAAGACUUAUUAGAGGUCUUGGAUAUGUAUCCGGAAUUUUCUGAUCACUUUCUGACAAAUCUAGAACUGACUUUCAACCUGAGACACGAAAGUGCAAAGUCCCAAUCCAUAAAUGAUUCUGAAGGGGACACCUGUAAGCUUCGAAGAAGGAGAUUGUCCUUUGAAAGCGAAGGCGACAAAGAUUUUAGCAAAGAAAACAGUGCAAAUGACGCUGACGAUUCCACAGAUACAAUAAGACGUUAUCAGAGUUCCAAGAAGCACUUCGAAGAGAAGAAAAGCAGAUCGUCUUCCUUUAUCUCCUCCAUCGAUGAUGAGCAAAAGCCGCUCUUCCUGGGAACAGUAGAUUCCACUCCAAGAAUGGUGAAAGCAAGCAGGCACCAUGGUGAAGAAGCAGCGCCCCCCUCAGGAAGAAUUCACACAGAUAAAAGGAGUCACUCCUGCAAAGAUAUCACUGACACACACAGCUGGGAAAGAGAGCAUGCCCGGGCUCAGCCUGAAGAAUGCAGUCCCUCCGGACUUCAGAGAGCUGCCUGGGGCAUCUCUGAGACCGAAAGCGACCUCACCUAUGGGGAAGUGGAGCAGAGGUUAGAUUUGCUUCAAGAGCAACUUAACAGACUUGAAUCCCAAAUGACAACGGACAUCCAGGCCAUCUUACAGCUCCUGCAGAAACAAACCACCGUAGUCCCUCCAGCCUACAGCAUGGUGACCGCAGGAGCAGAGUACCAGAGGCCCAUCCUCCGUCUGCUGAGAACCAGUCACCCUAGAGCAUCCAUUAAGACAGACCGGAGCUUCAGCCCCUCCUCACAAUGUCCUGAAUUUCUCGACCUUGAAAAGUCCAAACUCAAAUCCAAAGAAUCACUGUCAAGCGGAAAGCGCCUGAACACAGCUUCAGAAGACAACUUGACUUCACUUUUAAAACAAGACAGUGAUGCAUCGUCAGAGCUUGACCCGCGGCAAAGAAAAUCUUACCUUCAUCCCAUCCGGCAUCCGUCUCUGCCAGACUCCUCCCUAAGCACUGUAGGGAUCUUGGGUCUCCAUAGGCAUGUUUCUGAUCCUGGUCUUCCAGGAAAGUAAUUGUUUUGUACUAUUUCUCCACAUCCAAUGUAAGUGCUUUUAAUGGCUGUUUUCCCUUUUUGUAUUUAAAUCCUCUCUACUUGACUCAGGGGCUCACAAGGUACCAUUAUAUGCAAAAGUACUGUAUAUUUUUCCUAAAUUGAAGCUUGUAAGGUAAAGUUGAGCAGUUAGGAUGUAUAUAGACAUAAGAGCUUUUGGGUUCCAAACGUUAAAACUGCCAGCAUCCCAAGGCACCUUGUUUUUUGAAUUUUAUUUUUCAAAUCAUGUGCAUGUUAGGGAGCUCCAGUUUCUCUUGCAUGGAGACUCCUAUUGACCGCUUUUCCUGAUCAGUGCUUCAUUAUGAAAAUGCCUUCCAAGCAAAUAAGAAACCGAGGAAUGAAAGAGUGCAUGAGUACAACUCAGAUGACCCUCAACUCAUGAAAGGUCAGGGGGAAUAAAGAGAGGUUAGUCCCUUUGCAGAACAGACAUCCUUCUGUACUGACAUAUUUAGAGUUAGUUACUUUCAUUUCCUUUGAUAAUAAAACAAAAAAGAUGCAAAGUGUGAGUUGUAUACAGCAGUCAGAAAAGGAGCAAAAUCCCAAAAUACCAAAAGAUAUAGUACUUCCUUGGUAGACUUUUACAGGCACGGGUACAUGAAAGACAGAUAGAAAUGGGUUUAGUAAACUUCAGGACACAUGAAGAAAAUCCAUAUGAGGUUGUAACAGGAACCCGGCCCUGGUUUCAUGUCCUUAGAAGACCUUUGAAAAGAGCUACUCAUUUUGGCGAGAUGACAGCACAAAGCUUCCAAAGGUGAGGAAACCGUGGGAAGCAGUUGCCUGCAGCCUCUGGGCCAGUGAGCAGUCUGUCAGUAAGGAGGAUCUAAACCCUGCUUUUAGGCAGGCCAGUGGGAGGAGAACAGAAAGAUCUCGUGUGAAUUUGGGUCCUACUUUUAGACAAAUCGAGGAGGCACAGUGCUCCCCCAAGCUUGUCUUCAGCUAAAUCAUCAUGAAUAUAGGAUAUCGGUGAGAGAGUAACAUGGUCUCUCUAGUAAAUUCUGCAGUAGCUGCUUUCACAGACUACCUAAAAUAUUUACAGUCGUACAUUUUUUUCUGAGGGCUUAAAGGGAAAAUUAUUUUGUGUGUUGGCCGCGGUCCUUAACCUGUCACUUACACAAAGGACAUUCACAAUUUCUUCAUAAUUUAUAUGCAAUAACAAUCUCGCAUUUGAUUAAAUGGUAGGCACCCCCUUUUUUAAUGUGCAAUUUUCAGAGUAUUUAUGUUAACUAAACUCUUUAAUUAAGAGUGGGUUGCUUCCUUGCUUUAUUACCCCAGCUGUGGCAAAUGGUGUUCAUUGACCCACCUAGACAAUUCUUAAAUUACUUAAAAAUUAAGUGAGAAAUCCAUUAUAUAUAAUUUAGGCUGAUUUAUACAUUGUUUCCAAAUCAAAGAAUGUAUAAAGAACAUAGUAAAAGAAUGUAUUCUAACAUUUAAUUAUGUUAUAUACUGGAGAUCGAGAUGUCAUUUGGACCAUAAAAUCAACAGAGGAAAAUUAUAAUUUACAACUCUUAUUCAGACUCCAGUUAAACUUUAUUUUGAACUCAAUUAUAAUUUUAAAAUUUUCAGACACUAAUCUAUUGUGUUCUUUUCUCCCGGACAAACACUCAGAAAUCUUUUGAAGUGUUCUUAGUCUUUCUACUAAUUCUUACGCUCCCACAGACCUUUAGAUAGUAUUUUAUCUGUGCAUUAUUAAAUGGUUGAAUUUCCCUUCACUUUGUCAAUGAACACCUUGACGCUAACCUGUCGAUCCACUUCGAUGCAAGCAGUCUAUUAAAUGUGUGCAAUAAUACCACUGUAUUAAGAUGUGGUUAUAAAGUGGUCUUAAAUUGUUCUCUCCAUAUUUUUGAGCAGUCACAGAAUUUGCUAGUCUGACCUGGGUGGGAGGAGAUUAGUUCGUAGAGAAUGUUCUUCUUCUCACUUAAUUUAAGAAAGUAAUCACAGGCAGUUGCAUAUUUGCAGCUUCAAAUGAUUCGUCAACAGCUACAGGAAAUUAGAAUGGGCUUCCCCAAUUGUUUGAUACGCUACAGAUACAAACAUAGACUAAAAGCCACUUUCAAUCAUUCGUUCAACAGACAUUUGAAUGAGGCGACACAUACAAGAGAGAGGGUCCUUUAAGUAGCGAACAGUUCAGAUGUGGAUAUAGGGAUCCUAUUUCCAUGUCAGGGCAGAUUUCUGCAGCUGCAACAAAUUUCCUAAGGACUAUUCCGUCUCAGCUCUGUGAGCAUUCAGAAUAAAUUCAUGAGCCCUUGCUCAUUUGUAAGGAGAGGGGAUUUGGCAGGUGAGGAACAGAGGUCUAAUUGUUUGAUUAGUGGAUAUGUUCGUGGCAAUAUUUGGUAUGAUGCACAUACAAUUCAUCCCGUUGAGAGUCUCGGUUUAAUACUUCUUUAUAGGAACUGGGCACGCAGGGAAGAAGGAAAGGUGAUGGGGCCGUAUACAAGCAUCCAUCUGAUCUAAAUUCUAGCACAACACAAACCCAUGUCCUUCUUAAUCCUUCGACAUACAGUGAAUUGUUUGCUGUUUAAAUUGCAAGUCUCAGGGGACUGUGUAGGAAGAUAAGCGGAUCUUUUUCUUUUUCUAUAGAAUAUUAAUUUUAAAAGAGCCCCCAAGCAACAUCAAGAUAUACGUAGUCAUAAAUGUCAGAUGAAAGACGGUUUAACUGACUUCUGGGUAAUAAAAGCAAUUAUCUUGAUUGCAAUAUGCACCCCCGAAAUAGCUUGAAAAUAGCAUUGCCCUACCUAUCAUCUAUAGCACAAACAAUCUGUCACCUCCACUUUGGAGUCUUGCCCAAGGCCAGGUCUAACUGGAGGCACCAGGCAAACCUCAAUGUAGUGAUUGCUUUCCUUGGAGAGAAUUAGAAAUAUUAAUGUAACACCUUUUGCUCUUAACCCAAAAUUAGCGUCUGGUCCCAUGUCCUUAAAGUUUAUUUGGAUGAGAUGUUCUCCUGCUGCUGUUAAUUGCAGGACAGAGAAUUGCCUCUAAGACUCAUCAUUCUAACCCAGAGGGGAGCCCCAUACUUUAAUUAGCUGAUGAGAAAACUAGGAAUAAAAAAAUACAGCAUUGAUGUUUUUAAUAUAAUAGUCACUAAUUCGACAAACCAGGGAAAGCAGGGAGCCAAUUUGAGGCAGUGUAAAUUUCAAGUUUAUUACAAUGGACUGGCCGUGAGAGUUAAGUUUUAUAGUCUUGUAAUCAAGGGAAGGGGAGUACUGACAUUGGGAAUCAGGUGUGAUAUGUCCAUUUUAAAACUCAAGAGUGUGUGGACUUGAACUUGUACAAUGGCUCCAAAACGCCUAGGAGAAAGCAUUUGUUUCUGCACAUCAUCUUCAAAUCCUAACUUACUCAUCAAAGCUAAGGAUAAAAUGUAUCGCCUCUCCGGUUCAUACAAAAGACUAAUUAAUAGUAAGUAAUAUUAUUUUAGAGUCAGAAAAAAAACAGUUCAGUAACCAGGUAUUAGAAAUGAACUAUAACUCUGGCCAUAAUUUAAGGGACUCAAUAUUGUUUAUUCAUGGAUGAAACAAAACUAGAAGACAUGGUCUUGAAAUGCUAAUGAGCUUUUUAUUUAAUGUUAGAACAUUUUAGGUCAGAAAAUUCGAUUGUCGUUUCAUUUGUAACCACAUUUUUGCAGUAACAAAAACAUGCGAAUCCUGGUCAUUCAGAGAGGCUAUGGGCAGACAGGUUGCUGUACAGUGUCCUCAAACUGUGGUCCUGAAGUUAGCAAUGCUCACAUCAUCCAAGAAGUUAGAAACAAAUGGUUCUGGGUCUCAUCCCAGAUCUAUUAAGUCAGAAAGAUGAAGGCUGGACCCCAGCACUGAUUCUUCAGUGAGUAACUCUACACAGGAUCUGCACGCACACUAAAACACAGAGGUCCAUAGUGUACAGCCUGCCGUCGGGCCAACUGGAUCCUAACAGUAACUGUUUUAUUCACAUGCGGUAUGACCGUGAGUGAAUUACCCACUUUAAGUUUCUCCCUGAUUCUGUAAAAAUGAGAUUAUAGUCUGUGCCUCACUGAAGUUUGAAAAGAAACAAAAUCAAGUUAAAAGUGCCUGGUACAAACUAUGUGCUCUAAGGAAAAAAAAAUUCUGUAAUCCACUUCAACUCCUUGACCAUGGCAUUAAAAACAAUUAAGAAGACAAUUUUCUUUUGCACAAGUGCUAAGUAACUAUGUCCUUGUUUCCAUGACUAAAGCUUUUGACUCAGAAAGACUUAACUGUAGCUACAAGCUUCCCUUAAUGUUGUGCCAUUCACACCACAGCUUUAAAGUAAUAAUAUUGACAGUAAUGGUAAUGAGAUAUGACUGUCACUGUUUAAAAAAAAAAAAAGCAAGCACACUUGCUCUAAAUUGAUUUUAAAUUCUGCUGGGUGACCUGUCCAACUCAAAGCUACUAGAGUAUAUUCUAUAUAUGGAGUGCACUGUACAUCGUCUCCUCCGAUGUGAUUUAGUUCCCAGACGGACAUUCGAAACCAUUUACAAAAUUCAACUCUGACAGUAAACAGUUACUGUUUUUACAGAUACUAGAGCUUCACGGUGGUAAUGGCACUUUCAGGCCCCCAGAUCCUUUCCCUCGUUGCACAAAUACAGUCUAUAGAUCUUAAACACCCAAGUUCUUGUGUGGAAUGCUGGAAAUGACAAAAAAAAAAUGUUUGCUGUGGUCAACCUGAAAUCAAAUCCUCCUUUUCCCGCUUAUGACUGAGGAAAAACCUAAAGUGAACCCUGGGAUUCAAAAUAGUGUAAAGAGAAUGAUUUCUGAAACAUAGAGUGUACCAUAGAGUGAGCCAGGCAUUGUGUGGAGACGCAAGUUCAUCCUGUGACAUGCGCAUUCAGAGUGGUGCUCAGGCUGUGGCACAGUAGCGCUGAUCACUGUGUGGUUGAUUACCCUGAGAAAACAUCGCCACCAUUCUGUCCUCCAACUAACUCGCCACACGGACACUCGGUGUGUAAUAGAACUCUACAAAGUGGUUUUCAUGCACCUGUCAAAGAUGGGGUUGCUAAAAAGAGACAGUGUUUGUGUUGGGGCCACCUCUUCUGUGUUAUCUCCCACAUAUUUCGUCAACAUAUGUAGACCGCCACAUCCGCACUACAAAUGCUGUUUAGAUUUGAGAUAGGUUACUCGUCGUCUCCCUGAUUCCCUGAAUGAUCUCAUUCAGAGCUGUUUGCUUGGGAUCUUUAAAGGAUAUUAACAUUUUUAAUACUAAAAGGAUAUUUUCAGUGCUUUAUAAAACACUAGGUAUCGCGACUGAUCAGGGCCCGUGCUUAGAAUGUCAUUAAGGCCUUCUGUGGUUAAAAAAAAAAAAGUGUUUUAUUUUAAUGUCCAGUACUGAAGAAGAAAAUUCACAGAAGACAUGACUUGGCAUAUGACUGCAGGAAAAGAAACUAUCACAAAGAUGAUUUUCCUAUUACAUGGAAGUUGAGAAAUGACUAAUCGGAGUUAUUUUAAACUACCAUGUUAUUACUAUAUGAGAAUUAAACAUUCAUGAAAAUGGAAUGUAUAAAAAACUAGAUUCAGUUGACCACAUACUAGACGAUUGGACUUUUAAACAUACCCAGCAAGAACGAUGGCAGUCGUGCCCCCCAGUUAAAUGCUUCUGUUUAUGAGAAGUAGCAGUGGGAACAUGGUCAUUCUUUUAUAAUUAAUGCCAAAACUUAGGUUAAUUCUAAACCAUACUCCUGUCAUCUGCGGCUUCCGUAAGUUAACAUAUUGUGGAAGGUUUGAAAUAACUUGGUGCACCUGUGACUUCAAAGCUUUACCUUCACACUGUGGACGUCCUCUGGUAUAUCAUGAUGGGACGGACGUAAAAGCUCAUGAUUGUAAAUAGCCACAGUGGUGAGCAUUUUACUUGCACCAGUUUUCAUUUUAAUUUAUACUCCGAGUGCAUAAAAAUAUCCACACCUUAUCCCUUAUCACUAAUUAGGUGGGAAAAACCGAAGGAUUGGUAAAGUUAUGAUGAGCUCUUCCCACAUUCUCCUCAAAUGCUCACAGAGCUACGACAACAAUGGAAUGAAUGAUGCGGUGUCCCUACUUUACCAUGAGGCUCCUACUGAUGUGAACGAAAGGCACAUGACCUCUCUAUAGCUGCAAUUUUCAUUUUAUAAUUCUGAUGAGAAGAUAUAUUAUCCCAGAAGGCUUGCCAGUCAAUGAAUAAUGUAUUUCAGAAAAGAAUGUGUGUGAUCACUUGAAAAAUGUCAGUCAUCGGAUGUAAGGAAGCUCACUCACAUGCUGUUACAUAAAACUCUGGAAUGCUUUAAACUAAACGAAACAAUCAACCAAAACACACACUACUUCGUACUCUUUAUGCACAUAAUGUAGCAUGGAAUCAUGACGCUUUCGAAAUAUUCUGUGCAGAAAUAUUUAUUUUUUAGCCAAUAUUUUCCUCAAAGAUUGGUAUGUGGUGUUGACAGUGUAAUCUAUUUGCACAGCUAGUUUUGCAAUAACCUUCUACAAAUAACUGUACAUAAGAAAAAAUGUAAAUUUCAUGUAAAAAUGGUUGUGAAUUUUUGGUAGCUGAAAGAAGUAUACAAGUUGUAUUGAAAAUAUAGUAUAUAUAUACAUAUAUAUAUAUAUACCUAACUUAAGAAUGAGACAUAUAAUUUCUGAUCUAUUUAUACAUGAAAAAUUCAAGAAUUUGUAAAAGAAUUUAUUUUGGAGGAAAAAAAAGGAAGUAAAUCGUAUUAGCUAGCUAGUGUACUUUUAAUAAAGUAUCCAACAAGAUCCACCAUUUUAUUAAGUACAGUAGUAGACACACGAUAGGCAUGGUGGUGCUGAUCACUUUGAAAUUCCCAUCAUUCUAACAGUGCUACAGUUUUACUGAGUUCCAGUAGACCGCUAGCAAGCUGCGCUAAGCUAUUAAGAAAAAAAAAAGCAUUAAAUCUGAGUCUAAAGAAACUAAAAAUUUUACUCAUCGCCCCAUUAGAACCAUGGCAGUAAAUGACCGAAAUAUUUAUUGUUCGCUAAGUUCUGCUGAGGGAUAAAUGGCCUUUAAUGUAUAGUAGCUCAUUUAUAACGAAAGCUUGGCUAUCUUUUCAUUCAAGAAUGGGACCGCGGAACUAUUAUUUCCUCUUGCUUAAGUUCCAAACAGCUUAAUUUCUCCCCUAGCUGGUUUCAUGUCAUUUAAGAAAAUUCACACUAUCUUUCGAAGAAACUUUUAAACACAACUUGUAGGCUCUGGCACGGCGCCUAGGCGCGGCAUUGGCUGUCUGCGUAGCGGCAUAGACUCCCCAUGCUCCGUUUUACAGAUGUAAGAAGCCAAGAGCAUAUCUUCCCUUGUGGCAAACGUAACUGAUACAGAUAAUAAAGCAAAUCACAUUGCCGCCUGUAAGCGAAAUGGAUUGUGAAAUCAGAACCAAAGUACAAAGGCAAAAUACCUGGCACUAUUCCAUAACGUAAUUACCUCGUAUCCUAAGACAUACUUGAGGGUCCUGCAUUUACACAAGGGUGGGGAUUUAAAUAUGCAUGAGAAAGUCCAGUAAAUCCUAAAGUUGUUUUCAAACGGCCUUUCGUUUCCAAAAUAACUUGAGUAUUUAAUUAGUCUAUUUCUAGAGCAGUGACAUCCACACUGCUCAAGUCAUCUUUUGAAAUUUCAGUAAUCAUAGAAAAAUAAGAAAAAUAAGCGAGACAGACAAUUAAAUCGAAAUGGUUAUGCAUGUAUCUAUCUACUUAAAUGUUUGUACUUAGAGAAAAGGUUAAACUUCAACCCCAGUAUAUCGGCAUUGGAAACCCGUCAUUCCCGAUUCACAAUCUUCCCAAUUAGCUAUUAAAUGACACUAUAACUUCUAGAUGUUAAUGAAGGAGCACACCCGAUAACGAGACCACCACAUGGGCGAAAACCCUGUGCGUUUUCUGACUGCGGUGUAUGGUAAUGAGAUAGAUGUGCUCUUACCAUACGUCCAGACUGAGAGAAGCAAGCCUGUGCUUUCAUAUAUGAGCUAUGUAUUGUGGACAAAAGGAAUGAUUAGAACCUAUGCUCUCUUCCUUAUGAGAUGGGGAAAUCGUGCUUAAAAGUAAGUAGAAGGAACUGCAACAAGGAGGAUCCAAAGCACAGGUUUCCUAGCAUUCAAAUGAGAGAUAGGUCUUGAGUCACAAAGGCGUCCAGAUUUCUCCAAGUGUUUUUGCUAGAAAGUUUUCUUCUGUGUUCUAAAUUAGAAGGAAAUUUCAGUUUAAUAUCUGGAGAGAUGUCCUGAAACAAUGAGACUUGUAUCCAUUUAAAAUACUGUCUGCAUUCACCACCUCAAGACAUUCUAAGCAUUUGCAUUUGUACCUUCCAAUAGUGUGGAUGUACUCUGCAGACAUAGCUUAGAUGAUUCCUGAGCCUUAGGCAUUCACUUGAGGAAGCUUAACUCACUACAUAAACGAUUUCACUAAAACAAACAAGAGCUUUCCUAGCAAGUACCAAAGUGCUAGGAGAGCCGUGGUUGUGCGUUCCCUGUUAAGCAAAGGAUGUAACUGAAAGCAGUCUCGGGAUCUCAGCACGUGGGUUCAAUUUACAAACUUUUCAAAACAUAUUCCUUUCAAAUUUACAGAAUGUUGUUAAUGGAACAAGACAAAACAUAUCCACUUUAGUUUAUCAAAAAUAAAAGAACAUUUAAAAAUAAGCACAUUUCUCACAAAUAGUAUUUAUUUUGGUUGUUCAAUUAGUAAUAUCAUAAGGUUACAAGUGAACAUGAUUUGUAUAUUUUAAUUAAAGAAAUACCACAAAUUGAUUUUUGUUAUUUUUUUAAUUGCACAGAGUUUAAACUACCUUGAUAAAUUCUACUUUCUUCCAGGCUAAAGGCCUUUUCUGGAAAUAAAUAUAUAACUUGAAUAUAUAUUUGUUAACUUUCCUUUUCUGAAUGCAUGCCUAAAAUAGGUUAAUGAGCACAGUCCUUAAAAUACAUUUAAAGUGGACCAAAUCAAGAUUCCCAUAGUAUUGAUUUUCCCUUGAUGUAAUUUAAAAUGUGUAAACUGCCACUCAGACUAGAAGUGCAAUACGUGACAUUUACCCAUUUGGCAAUCUUUUAGAUAAUGGUUGAAUUAAUGCACCGCUGUUUGAACUGAAGCAUCUCAUUACAGUAGAUACGUAACAAAUUUUGUAUGAUACAAAACUUUACAGCAAGCUAUUUGAAUGUUUAUUUAAAAAUUCUCAAAGCGACAUGGAAACAUGUUUACUGUACAAAUAAAAGCACUUAUACAUUAA